AUGAGCAUAAACAAAGACCACACGCCAGGUGGAGCUUCUGGAGAAACCUCACAAUCAGGCAACAUAGAACGACAACCUAUCAGACCAAAGCUGGCUUCCAAGAACCUACCUAUACAGCCUGCCCCGAUCCAUCCCGAUCUAUUAACCAACCAGCUUCCAUUUUCCGCACCUCGAGCGGAGCGCAGAGACGUUCCGACCAAAUGGACUAUACCUGAGCGUCCUAAGCCUGGGCGAAAACCUAAAGAGCCCAAGCAACCUCCAAAGGUCACCAAUCCCAAGCCCACGAACAAUGCAACAACUCAUUCCAACCCCACUCAUGUUGCCAUCCCCGUCAAUGUUGGCUCUUCUUUGCAAGCUAUAACGGAAGUCUCAAGCGCAGCAACCUCCGUACAAACCAAAUAUAUCGAAUUAUUGGAGCAAAGGGUAGAAACUCUUCAAAAGGAAAAAAAGGAAGAGGUAGAUCAUUACAAAACCUUGGCAUCCGAUCUUGAAUCGAAGGCCAGUCGCUAUCAGGAAGAGAACAAUGUAAUGAAAGGUCACCUCGAAGUCUUGCGAACCGAAGUGACUAGAUUACGAAAAAAGCUCUCACUUUCAACACCUAAGCCCGCCACAAAUGUCCCGACGACCGCUGGCCUUCCUAUAAACAUCACCAAGAGGCGUAAUGAACCAGUGACCGACUGCGAAGGAUCACCAAGUUCUGCCGAAAUUUCAACCUCCAAGAAGCCACGACAACACACCACUCUGUCUCCACUCAAUCAACUCGAUCAGCAGCAGAUGAUGCACAUCCCUGUAGUGAACAACACUCAUCGUACUAGAUCUAACUCUAGUCGUGUUAACAAUCUUAAACACGGGCUAGACCCGAGUUUGAUGAAAACGCCCUUGAAUGUUAUGGAUGAUGGCUGUGGAUUGUGUACAUCCGAAGCCGACUGCGUUUGUCGUCAGGUUGGUCUUAGACCCUUGCAUAAGAUUGUCGAUAUCUCUGAGAACGAUCUGUCCAAAAGCAUAUCGGUCCCAAUCCGCUCAAGACCUCGGUCUACUGUGAAACCACCUAAGUUAUGGGACUUCACCGAUCAAUUCGUCGAAUCACAGCCAACGAUUUCAGGUUCAAUGAAAAAUACCAUCGCUAAUCAAGAUAGCAAAGGUGAUUGUAGCGGUAACCCGAGCGAUUGCCCUGCCUGCUGCGACGACGCAUUCGGAAAGGCAUUUUGUACCGCAAUCUCGAACUCAACAACGGCACAACAAGCCGAUACCACCCCAUCUGAUCAGAUUGGCUUGAAAGUUGCUCGUUCGGAUCCGAUAGUUGACAUCUAUACCAAUAUACCUUGCUGUGGAGAACCUACGAAGUGCGGCUCACAAUCAUGUUUUGAGACAAUAGCUUUGGAUGAUCAAGAACAGAUGGUUUCAUGUUCGGACGCAUGGCGAAAACUCAAAGUUCAUCCUAACAUUGGGAACGCAAAUCUACAAUUACUCGCAGAUGUGGUUGCACGUCAAUGUGCUUCAAGUGAUCCUACCAGGUCCAAUCACGGAAUCUCAAACAAUACUCCGAUCGAAAGGUCUGCGGUUGAAGAAAGGGCUAUCGCAAGUCAGUGGUCUCAAGGUCCACAUGCAACCUUGGCUACCGUUUUUGAGAAUGUACAAGAAUCACAAGGUGGAAGUAGAACUGGAUCUCCUAACUCCACUGAAUCUCCUCAAUCCGACCCCGGGAGCACAACAGCUGGGAAUCGAUUGAUCAGAUUCGUUGCUAAACGAUCGCUUCAAGAUGCCUUGAACAUGUUGGAUGGUGCUAAUUCUUGA